AUGUGGGCUAAGAUAAAGUCCGCAUACACUACAGCUGGAAAGCAGAUAUUGGGCCACGCUAAACUGACACAUAAAAAGUGGAUGUCCCUCGAUCUCUGGAAUGCCAUUGAAAAGAGACAAGCCACCAAAGUUCUGUUAAUAGAUGACCCAAAAAACGAACAGUUGCUUUCCGACUAUUCCUUUUAUCGCAAACUGAUUAAAAAACUAGCCCGCCGCGAUAAGAGAAUCGAGUCAGAGGAAAUAGCAGAGCGUGCGAAGAGUGCCUUGCUGACCCAUAAUAGUCAAGAGUUGUACAAUGCCACCAGACAGCUGACUAACUCAAUAAAACGUAAUGCCAAGAAACCGCUUAAAGAUAAAGAUGGAAAUCUGCUAUGUACCUCUGAAGAACAACUUGCAAGAUGGCAUGAACAUUUCCAAAAGCUCUUAACUCGAUACCGAUCUUUACCGGGGAAAGAACCAUCAGAUGAUGCCAAUCCCGUGCUUGACAUCCCAACUGAACAGCCAAUUUUUGAAUUAUAUUACGACUCGUGGUGCAUUCUCUUACCAAGAAUAAAGUUGUUUAUUACAUAUGCUAUGUACGGUCCA